CUUUCGUCGAAAGAAGAUUUUUUUAACGUAGUACUAACUGUGUUAGUGUCGACAGUUUGCAAGUGUUUGUAGUGGAUAAUUCACUCUGAAAAAUACGAUGUCGUGUCUCACCAUCUGCUUCUUGCAACUGUUGCUCUUUACAACAUUCGGCUAUGGCGUAAAUUUGAGAAGUUUCCUCUCAGCGUCAGGGCCUUCGUCGCCAUCAGCAUCGUCUUCAAGUACAAGUACAUCUUCAGCAUCGCCUUCUUCACCUAGAAGCACAUCUCCAAGUUCGAGGCCGUCAAGAAGACCACCACGACCUUCGAUAUUGAACCAGAUUCGAUCUUGUGCAACUGGAGUAGCGAGUAAGGUAGGAAACGCAAAAAUUCCGCCAGACCUACGAGAAAGUCAAUUGUAUCGAUUGGUGCUACUAAAUGAGGCGGUGCGAGAGCACCUCUCAGGUUGCGGCGAAGAGACAACAGAUGAAGCCACUUAUUUGCAAGGGACCGAAGAAGAAGUUUGCUCCUUUUGUUUAAGCUGUCGACCUCCGAAAACGGAGAGACGCUGUGGUAAUGAAUAUGAGACGCAAUGGGUACUCUUUCCUCUAUGUGGCCAUCGAUUUCAUACUGAGUGCGUAGCAAAAUAUGUUGAUAGGACGCAUUUGUAUGAUCGCGAAAGCGACACAGAUGGUACCGGGACUCAAACUGCACCCACUGGCACUGCGGGUACACGGAUAAGACGAGGAGGCAGAAGGAAACGACUGACCUGUCCUAUCGGUCGAUGUCAUGUGCCCUGUGUGACAGAGGGCGUUCGCGGUAUGCUCCCAUCUCCCUCAAUAUCGAAGGUAAGGGAGAAAAUUAUGCAGUUACAACAAGAAGGUGAGGACUCCGAGAAAAGUAGGACGACAAAAUGUGCUUCAUGUACUGCAGGGACUUCUAGUUCGUCUUCGGGAGCAUGUACAGCAUCAUUUACUAGUGCUUGCGCAUGUUCCGCGAAAAAUGACAACAAUUUUAUUGAAGCAGCGCUACAGGAGCUUGAUACAUUAGUAGAGCAAUGGACUCCUGAUGAUAAUACCAGUGCGAAUGGGGCCCAUAAUAGUACUAGUUUCACAAACAAACCGGCAGUACGAGAAGGAGCAACAGCCAGAGCAACAACAACAUCAUCAAUAGCAACGAGCACUAAUAUGAAGCACUGGAUCAAAAAAGCGAUUUUCGAGACAACGAAAGGGAUUCUUCAGUACCUAACUGAAACACACGCCUUGGACUGUGCUCUCUCGGCAAUUGAUACCCAAAUUCUUCAGAGCCCAGACCUCUUGUGCAGAUUUUUGCAGGAGCAAUCUGAACUACCUAAGGAAGAACGACUGAGAGUGUAUCCAAGCUACGGUCUACAGGGGUCGUUUUUCGACUACCACAACGAUUUGGCUUCCCAUAAUGCGACUGACAAUAACGGUAACGAACGAGGAGAUCAUGAUGGUGGCGGGAGCAUAAGUAGCAUAAGCAUCACGGAAUCGGAGGAGCUCGACGAUGAUGAUAUUAUAGAUUCUGAUUCUCGACGUACGCCUACUUCUAAUGAACCAGAAGAUGUGGAGGAGAUGGAGAGCGAAACAAGAGAUGAUGCUGCUGAUGUUGAUCCCCCUCAUCAAGGCGAAGGUCAUUUCUUCGAAGGCGAUCUUGAAGAGGAUUUGUUCUAUGAAGAGAGCGACUUGCUGCUUGCAGAGGCAAUGAAUCGCUUGCAGCUUUCCGGUGGGCACGAUGAAGAUGGCGAUCCCGAAGAAGACCGAGUAGGAGCAUCGCGUGCAGCUGGUUCUGGUUUUGAAGGAGGUACUAGUAGCAUUAACGGCGAAGAUGUGCUUCCUGAUCUUCAUGAAGUUUUUCUAACACCCGGAGAAAAUCCUUUUCAAUUACAAGCUGGCGAUACCAUGGAAGAACUUGUAGAACUUGUUCAAAUAAAUGGCUUAGUCCCACAAAAUACUCCAGUAGAUGAAGCUGUGGUGGAGUUACUACAAGCUGAUGAAGAGCAAGAUGAUGAUGCCUCAGAACAUGCUGGACAGCUUGAGACAGACGGGGUUGAAUUCCUGCAUAGCAUGGAAGAGCGCUUAGCGUUUGUUGAAUUCGUGCUCCGAGUUAUCAAAGCAGCGCCAAUAAGCAAACUGCUCGUUUGCAUGGUCGACCUUGGGUGUAGUAGAUUGCUGCGAACGACUGCGACAGAUGCACUAAAUGCGACGACUAGCGCAGCAACAGUGUCUUGUUCUCUUUCGCCUUCAUCAACAAGUCCAAUGAAUAAGCUCAUGAGCAAUGUUACUAGUCAACAUGAUGUUCAGCUUCCUCCCUUGCCCUUCAUGGACCACGACUGUGCAUCAAGUGCAACAUCUUUGUCCAGUACGACUAGUAGUCUGCUCACUCCCAUUCUGGUUGCAGCGCAAAAUUCUUUAUGCGCACCACCAUCGUUGCCUGAUAGCGCAAGGUUUGGAUUGCGCAUAGCCUUCAUGCUGGGACUCACCUUAUACCCCUUUGAAACUGUGAUCAGAGAAUGGUUACAAAAGAAAGGGUACUGGUAUUGCAUGAACAAGGGGAAAGAAGAAGAGGACGAGGAAGACGUUGCACAAGGAGAGUCACCAUCCUCUAGGUCUCCCUCAUCUGCAGCUAGCACCAGUGCAUCUUCGCAAGAAUCUUCUUCAUCCCCUACAACAACUUUUUCAGCACGUACAACAACUGCUUUAUCAUCAUCCAGACGGAAGAAUAGUCAGCAAAUUAGUAACGAUCCUUGCUGGUCCACAAAGAAACGUCGGGUUUUCUUGAUAGUGAUUCUGGCUCGAGCGAGAUUCAAGGUUGCAAUGCUACUAGAGAAGAUGCUACGCCGUCUUCAACAAUGGACGCAUCCGGAGGUCCCGAGGAUGCGGCAGGGGCUGCGGGAAUUCCUACUGGCACACAAAGAAAAUUUGCAGAAAGGAAAGUGAUGUGGGAGAAAAGUCGAAUCUAUUGCGAAGGAAUAAGAACAAGUAUUUAACACAAUGCAAUGACACACAUGAACACAAAAAGUUGGGCUUGAGCUUGACUUCGACAUAUUUUUUUUCGAAGUUUAUUCAUGAUCCUGUCCAUAGUAAUCCAGCAUCAUGUUGAUGGUACGUAGGUAGAACAUUGUCGUGAAGAUUAGCAUGAUUACUUGUUUGCAAUUGCAAUUGUUUCUGUGCAAAAGAUCAUGUUGUUUGAGAAACAUUAACAUUAAUCUAGCUGUAGCACGGGCGCUACGAACAGCAUCAUCAGGGAUACACUCAUGACAUAGCUGUAGACUGAAGGUGCUCAGAUACCAUCUUGUUGUGAAACGCAGGAGCCGCGGCCGUUAUGAAAACGUCUAGCAUACCAAGUUGCUGCUGAAGCAACCGAAGCUUUGUAAAAAUUAAUGUGCCCGGCGGGUAAUCGACUUUAUCUCUACUGCCAAUGCGUCUGUGUAAUCUGUAU